GUAAACCAGUGGCCAUUUAACAACGCGAGACACGCGCCUCUCUCCAACCGUCUAUCCAUCUUCUCGAAGCGGUUCUCGCUGAAUUGUUCGAGAAAGCUUAUGCAAAGUCGCGACCGUGUUUUUUUCUUUUCUGUGUCACGAGCCGAACACGAUCUGGCCGCGGCACAGCGCGCGACUAGCGUGACGCGUUCUAAGCGACACGCGUUGCUACCGUUCACGGACAAUGGGCAAGGACGAUCGUUUCAGUUUCUCUUUGCGCGUUUGUUUACUCGAUCGGAGUCAACCGCGACGAAAUAUAUCGUCGAUACGACGAUGUUUCGCAGCUGGUGUCGCCAGAACGGUUAAUUCGUCGUAGAAUCAAUCGAGUUCGCAGUGUCGGUGUUGGCCUCGAUCGCGUUCGUUCGAACGAGGAGACGUUUUACGCGAAUUAUCGGCUGCCGCGUUUACCACGCUAAUUCGAUGCUGCGCGAUACCGUGCGAUAACGAUUCUACCGAGGUAGUGGAAGCCGGUGCUGCUAGUGCAAGAAAAACGUUCCUUCGUUCUGCGUUCUCCGCGCGACCAGCCAACGGACGUGCGCUGCUGGACGAAAAGCAAGAUCCGAAGAAACUAUCGACGAUACGUCGUGUCCUGGAAAAUAGUCAUCGUGACUGAGCCGUUUCGCGACGGAGACACGCGAAUAGAUUCGUUGGAUCGUUGAGCGUUGAUUUGUUUCUUGGCUCGACGUUUUCCAAAUGCACAUUUGCGCAGCUAUAUACUUUUUUCUUCUUCUUCUUCUUCUUCUUCUUCUUCUUCUUCUUCUUGUCUCGUCGACGGUGCCGAGAAGAGAAGGAAGGCCGAUUUACCUUUUCUUCUCCGUCUCACCGCAGGUCGUUUUCCCCGCGAGAUAAAUAAUCCUUUACGCAUCUUUAUACGAUUUUCGUUAUCGGCAUAAUAAAGCAUAAAUAAGCAAGGCGUGCUUGUACACGCGUGUGCUAAUGGAUUAUUACGCGCAACUUGCUAUGUAUCGUGUUCGUGACGCAAUCAUCCUUGGAGCUGCAAUUCAUCGAUAAUUUUUUUUCAACCGCGUCGUCUUCUCGUUUUCUCGUCUUGUCGUCUUCUCGUCUUCCCGUCUUCUCGUCUUCUCGUCUUCUCGGCGUAGGUCGCGGAAAACACAGUGUUCAAAAUGUCGAACGCCACUCUCGUGCCUUAUCGCCGCCCUUAUUAACUCGUUGGCUGUGAUCAAAUACAAAUCUAGCUUCUCGCCUAGCGCGUUGAGACGCGCUUUUACCAUUCCAUUUACCGACUUAAUAUCGGAAUCGUUGCUUCUUCGCUUUUACGCUUUUCCAUCUUGCCCGAGAAACGUCGAUCACCGUUAUAUCGAACGAACCGUCGCGUUUCCAAACACCGGAUCGAAACGGAACGUUCUUUCGAUCGUACUUCGCGCGACCGUUUCUACCGUUUACCUCGUUGGUGCGCCAAAGACGCUUGGUACCUACCUAAGGAAAGAAAGACUGUCGUCGCGGAUACGUAUCGCUCGGCCAACUUGGAAAUAUUCUUUGAAAUUUCUACUCUUCCGUACUCGCUAAUUUGAUUUGCAGUUUCCAUUUUCAAAGACUUUGAAUCAGUGCGAUUACCGCGAGGCGAUUUUGGCGACACGUUGACAUCUUGAAAGUCGAAAGGAACAGUUUUGUAUCGUACCUACGUACGUACGUGCAGUCUUGAUUAAUAUCAUGCAAAUGCGAAAGGAUGCGGCAAGAUCGCAUCGAGUUAUCGUGCCAUAACCAACGCUCUUCGUACCGCGAUGGUGUUCUCUCAAACUGCGUCCAACGAUAAAUUACGCUUUCUACUUAACAAAACGUUGCCUCUAUAACUGCGCGUCGUACGGUGAUUUCGAUAAAAGCCAGACUUUUUAAUUACCAUGAAUCACACUGACAUACUGUUGUCAAGCGGUCAUCGCUGCUUGCACAGGGGUUUAAAGAAAUAUCCCAGUAUCGAUAAAAAGCUGUGGGAUCCGAGUAGCAGAUGGAUUCUUCAAUGGGAUAAUAUCGUAAAGCAUCCAGGUGCUCGAGCAAGAGGCUGUCACUGCGACGUUCACAAACCACCGUGGUUAUAUCCGCGAUUAGUUGGUAAAACCACCGAUGAAACGGACAGAGCGAUCAAAUCGGCUCCUGUGAAAAGGUUAGCUGCUGCUGCUGCUGCUGCUCCUCCGAAAAGAGGACAAUUCGGUCCUGCGAAAGCUCCAUCUUCAGCUCUAGCUCAACCUGGUAAUACAUCUUCCAUGGUUCCAAGGGCUACAACCGUCAAAAGAAACGUGUCAGUAAAAUCGACACCAGGUCAAGCUGGUGCCGUCGACGAGGAAACUUUCCUUACAGCGUUCGAAGAUGUGCCAUCUGUAAAUCUGUUUUCCGCAAAAGAUCUCGAAGAGCAGAUGAAAAUCAUAAGAGAAAAUGUCGGUGACGAUAAAAAAGAUUGGAAACAAAGGACAGAGAGUAUGAAAAAAUUAAGAGCAAUCGUUAUAGCCGGUGGUACGAAUUACGAAAACUUUUUAGAAAACUUGAAAAGCGUGCAAAGAUCUUUCGAAGUUGCUUGCACGGAUCUUAGGUCGCAGGUGGUAAGGGAGGCGUGCAUUACCUUGGCGUUUCUUAGUCAACAGUUAAAAAAUAAAUUCGCUAGUUUUGGAGAAGCAGUCUUACUCACCUUAAUGAACCUCAUACAAAAUAGUGCCAAGGUUGUGGCAACAGCUGGGGCCGUAGCCGUGAGGUUUAUUCUUCAGAAUACGCAUUAUAGUCGUUUCGUGCCAAUUAUCACAUCCUGUUUAAGUCACAAGAGCAAAGACAUACGUCGAGCAUCGUGCGAAUAUCUAAAUCUAAUUUUACAAAUAUGGCCUACUCAAAUAUUACAGAAACACUUGACCAUCUUACAAGAUACGAUCAAGAAAGGUAUCGCCGACUCGGAUUCGGAAGCAAGAGCCUUUGCUAGGAAGUCAUAUUGGGCAUUCAAAGAUCAUUUUCCGGAACAAGCAGAGGCAUUGCUCAACAGUCUCGACACUGCGUAUAAACGCUCGUUGAUGUCCCUUAGCAAUAGCGGCAGCAUCAACAGUCUGAACGUAGUGACGAGAUCGGCCAGCGUUAGUCCUCGAACAUCCAGACCAGUAAUCAGCGCCACAGGUAGUACGGAAAAUUUGCAUCAGUCUUCGGGUCAACCCCAUGGCCCGCUCAGACGAACUCCGUCCUUGCCACGGUCUUAUCGUCAGUCUGGUAUUCCAGUUCUCCAAAGACCCACUGAUAGUCAUUAUCGUGCAACUCCGGGCGUUAGAUCUACUAGCGCUAUUGAUUUGCAAGCCGCGCAAAGAGCUAAAGCGAGAAUGAUGUACGCGAAUAUGAGCAGACAGAAAGCGUCCCUUCCACGACCUAGCAAAUCACCGGACACAACCGCCGUUGCUAGUCCAGAAAGAACCGCAAGAACAAGGACCAGAGUAUCCGGAGUCUCGCAAUCUCAGCCUAGCAGCAGAUCGGGAUCACCGUCCUCGAGACUCAGUUACGCAACGUACAAUCGCGAAGGAGAAUCGUUGAUUGCAAGACCUAGACGGUUAUCCGGUCACGGAAUCAGAAGUACCGGUAACAGUCGCGAACCAAGCCCGCAAAGAUUUGGAAUGGAUAGAAGUUUCGCCAGCAAAAUACGGGGAAGAAGUUUACACAUGUCUCCGACGGACAGGCCUCAAUCCAGACCAGUUAUGGCACAAAAGAUGCUGCAGCAGUCGCGCGAGGCGGAAUCAGCGUUGGCGGACGCGCUUACCUUCGAAAAUAUUGACAAUUAUCCAAGAACACCAAGAGGAAAGGGCGAUCACAGCGAUGACAGUGAAACCAGCAGCAUAUGCUCUGAACGAAGUAUGGACAGCUUUAGGCGACCAAACGAUUCGUUCUCAUGGAGUGGCUCUCAACAAAGACUGUAUCGUGAUAUGUGGGAUCAAUCUAUCCCAAAGGAUAUCAAGGAAAUCAUAGAGAAUUGCGCGCAUAAACAUUGGGGCGAUAGGAAAGAAGGUUUGGUCGGAUUGCAACAUUUUCUUUCAAAUGGAAAUACGCUUACAGCAACGGAAUUGCGCAAAGUAACGGACAUCUUUACGAAAAUGUUCAUGGAUUCUCACACGAAAGUAUUCAGUUUAUUUUUGGACACGCUGAAUGAAUUAGUAGCUACUCAUAGCGAAGAUCUCGGUGACUGGCUUUAUGUUUUGUGUGCUCGACUUUUGAAUAAAUUAGGCACCGACUUACUUGGAUCGAUACAAGCGAAGAUACACAAAACGCUCGAGGUCGUUAGGGAAUGCUUCCCCGGAGAGCAGCUUUUGCCGGCUGUAAUGAGGUAUCUGACGGAUCCAACGCAAACGCCAAAUUCUCGUGUAAAAAUAGCCACACUCGUGUUUAUCACGCAAAUAGCAGAAACGGCAGAACCGUCUGCUCUUAUUAACUCUGCUGGUACAGCGCUCGCAAGGUUACUCGACUGGUCGAACGAUGUUAAAAGCCAAGAUGUUAGAAGGCACGCACAAAAUGCUGUUAUAUCGUUGUAUAAUUUGAAUCCUCCGAAAGUCACUAUGAUAUUGUCCGAAUUACCCAAGUAUUAUCAGGAGGCGGCACUGCCUUUAGUGCAAAAUCACUUGAGGAAAUCGUCGGGUUCGAGUAAUCCAGCGUCCCCUGGAACUCCGCCUCCUAGGGCGCAGAGCUCACCAGCUCGUUCGAAAGGUAAAGGUGACAUUGACAAUGCGGAUGAAAACUUGGAGGAAGUUUAUAAAUCUUUAAGGCGUACGACAGCGGAGAUACAAAAUUAUGGUUUCGAACGUUUAGAAAGAGCGACUACCAGCAAAGACAGUGGAAUCAGCAAUAUGGCCGAUGUCGAGGAAAAGAUGGAAGGACUUACAUUAUGCAACUCGGGUCGUUCGUCUUCUGUUUCUUCGCCCACGCAAAGGGGACGAUCUGUGACUAAUAUUACAGUUAAUGGUUCAAGCGAUACGAUCGCCGGGGAUCUUAUCCUACCUCAGGAAAAUAAUGGUUACAAAACCCAUGGAUCAUCACCCGACUCGAUAAAAAGGCCAGAAGUUUUAGAUAAUAUGAUUAAAACGUUGCAAUCCAAGAUGACACAAACCGAAGAAAAAGUAUCAGCUCUACAAGAAUUUCAAUUGUAUGUUCGCGAAGGAGAUGCUUUGUAUAUUAAACAGAAUUUUAAAAAGCUGCUCAAAACGUUGUUAGAUAGUUUGACUAACGAUAGCAAGAAAAUGCAAGUGGAAGUACUUCAAACUUUAAUCGAUAUGCUUAAAUGUCCAGAACUUGUCGACAGUUUUUCCGUCUAUCCUGAAUUGCUGGUUUUAAAAGUAAUUAACGCGUAUAAAUUAGACGACCAGAAACAAGAUUCUUCCACUAGUAGCAAUUCAAGAUCUCCGGUUCUCUGGAUGGCGGAAAAAUGUGCUGCAACGAUAGCGAUGAUUCUAAAGCCAGAACAAGUGAUUCACCUAGUAUCGACUAUAAUAACUACCGAACCAUAUCCCCUGAAUAUGGGCGCGAUAAAGAUGCUUCACAAGGUUGUGGAACAUUGGGGUCGCGAUGCGAUAGAACCUCAUUUGUCGAAAGUCAUGCCCGGUCUCAUCAAAGCGUACGAUGAUAAUGAAAGCGCGGUACGUAAAAGCGCUGUGUUUUGUAUGGUAGCGAUACAUUUGGCAGUUGGCGAAGAAUUAUUGAAACCUCAUCUCAGCUGCUUGUAUACCAGCAAACUGAAGCUUUUGAACAUUUACAUACAACGCGCGCAACAAGCAAACAGUCAACCGGCAAGCCCACGUAGCAAUAGUAAAAAUUAACUAACAUCAAACUCCGCGACGCUUAGGAUCGCGAUACUUAAGAGAUUUGCCCGUUUGAGUGCAAGGCACGAACGAAUGCUGGUUAGCUUCCUCAGUAAAUCCAAUCCGUGAUGGCCACGAUCGAGCAGUAAAACGAUGUUUACAUGUCGAUGUUUUUCAAUAUGAUAGACUGAUCUGCAUGAUUUCACGGCAAGGUGUAUUAACGGCAUACACUGAACUCCUGACAGUGAUGUUGCACAAAGACAGGUAGUAUGCAAGUUGUUUACGCGUAUUGUUUCGUUUACCGAAAAUCUAUGCCUGUUUCAAAGACAGAAUCGCUUUAGACAUAAGGUUCUUUGAGUCAUAAUACAUGUAUUUUUUAUCGAUACGUUAGAUCCUGAUAUUAAGUUGUAGCGUUGUUUCUUAUUUUAAGAAAAAAUGGAAAAAUGGGAAAAUGGGAAAAUGGAAAGAAGGGAAAAAGAAAGGAAAAAGCAACAGGAGAAGCUUUAAUAAAAGCCUGCACCUCCUCGUAUCUUAUCAAUCUCGAAAAACAUAGUAUCGUGCCUCUUGUCCACUUUGCGAUUUUAUAUACUUUGAAUUCUGUUCGCGAUAUCUCGUUAGGAUAUUGUAUAUAUAUAUAUACGUAUGUAUCUCAGUGUAUUGUUGUGCAUCCCGUAGAGUUGAUUACGGUUGUUCGACAGGAAUGUGAUGCCAAUGACCUAAAUAUCGUCGAUAUGACGUGAGUGAAAGUAUGAGAAGACAGUGCGACAUCACUGCCGAGAGAGAGAGAGAGAGAGAGAGAGAGAGAGAGAGACUCAUAUAUACUUUGUAAGCGGAAUAUACGUGAAUGCCAAUUAUAUCGAUACCGAAAGACAUUGUAUAAAAAUACGUUAUACGCUUGUUCGCCGAUUUACAAACAUCGCUAACAAUAUUGCACCUUGCAAUCGACAAGUUAGGAGAAUGGUGAAGACUCAAAAGUAUCACGAUUAAAAAGUUCAAACUGAGAAUAGGCGCUAUGUUUGAUAUCGGUUCUGUAUGAACAGUGAGAGUGAAUAAAUUUCAUAUAAAAUAUUUUCUUCGCAUUUCAGCAUUAACGACAUAGGGAAGGCUCGCGCGAAUAUCGUAUUUCUUAAUAAUUUGCAUGUGUGCAUAAUACGAUUGUCACGGGAGCAGCUCUCUUACAUGCGUCGUGUAGAUCGAGAUGUUGAAAAACAAACCAUGAACAUAUUUGUUAAAAAUCCAUGUGCUAGUCAGAUUUCCAAGGACGCACAAUGACACAAGGGGGAUGCAGACGAGAUGGUCGAAAGUUUUUCGAGAAAAUAACAGGAACGAUAUUUGAGCAGACAGAGUCUGCGAGAGAAACAGAGAGAAUGCGAUAGAGUGAAUGAGAGAUUAUAUGCGACGAAAUCAGCAAAACUAGAUUAGCGAUGAUUAGGUGAAUGAUAUUCGAAACUAACGUUAAUAUUUAAACUAUUCGUCACGUUGCCAAUAUAAUUAAACGAAUGCUAAAUCAAAGCUAACAUAACGAGUUUAGUAAUAUUCUGUGCCAUUGUCGUUUUUGUUUUAUUUAUAUAUAAGGAUAAAAUUAUAUAUAAAUAUAUACGUAUCACCUUUCGUCUUUUCUUACUUACUAGUGGGUUCAAGUAAUGGAAUAAUUUCACGAUGAAAUUGAAACUGAAUGAUCCAAGUAUCAAAACGAAGAAAAGGAACAGACACUGCAUUAACUAAAUUUGAUAAUCUUCUCCAAAGACACAAAUAUUAUGCGUAAAUUAAGUUGACGCAUAAGCCUUCUCGAGAUUAGGAGGUAGGCGGACGUGUCUCGCACCUAAUUCCCAUGAUAUGAUGCAAGGCACGCGGUAAUGUGUAUUGAUUUUCCAAUAGGUGGCCAAAUAGUGCCAAAAGCGUUAUUGCGCGACAGAAGAGCAAUUGGUUUCGAAUCCAAUCAUCGAUCAAUAAUCAAGUCAGACUAUUUUUUUUACUCGGUGCCUUUGGUGUCGUCGGGACGAAAUUUGUUCGAGGAUCGUCUUUGAUCGUCUUGUAAAAAGGAAAGGGAAAAGCUGUCGUCGUUGAAGCGAUUGUAGUCUGCAAGUAGCGCUAGAGAGCUCCUGUAUUUGCUAAUGUUGCGUAAAACGUACAGUGAAAGUUUCUCAUUCGUUAUUACGAUGCAAAACGGAAAAAGAAAUCGAAUUAUUUAUAAUCUUCGUGCUCGUUUCGCGACAUUGUCGCGCGUGGAACACGUGGAACCCACAUUUUCGUGAAUCGAUACAUGUAUCGACAUCGACAUCGUCUAAGAAUGUAUCACGUCUAUUUUCAUAAAUUGCGCUAAUCGCAAAACGAAUUGUACGGACGCGAAUCGUCUUUACCGUUUGCGGUUUCAUUACAGGCAGGGUGAAUAGUUUUCUCGUUCACGGGAAAUUGUUACCGACGUUUUACAUUUUACGAUAUUCCCUGGACGGAUUUUCGAGGGAAGAAACGUAUGGAAGGUUACAUAUGUGUAGGAUUUAGUGCGAUUACCGAUUUAUCUAACAUGAAUAUUUUAACGUUGCGUCUAUCGAUAUCCUUUUCGUAAUUCAUUUGUCAUUUGUCGUAAUUAUUUAAAAAAUGAAAAAAAAGGAAAAAGGGGAAAAAAAAAGAAACAAACGAUUUAGGGUUUGACCUGGUGUGUGCGGAUCGUGCGUGCGUGGGCGCGCGCGCGCGCGCGCGCGCGUGUGUGUAUAUACAUAUGUAUGUAUGUAUGUAUGUAUGUAUGUAUGUAUGUACACACACGCAUACAUAUUAUUAAAUAAUGAUAGAAUCUAAUGUAAUAAUUAAUACGGAUUAGCUAGCUCAUCGUCACUGCCUGCAGCGUUGGUCGUGCUGAGUACACGUGGACCUUGGCACUGCUGGACACUGCGUGGUGUCGCGAUCGUUUAUAAAGAAGAGAAAAAGAGGAAAGCUUGUUUUGUUAAGUUUUUGAGCAUUAUUAUCGACAACAGGAUUUAUAUUAUAUUUACUAAUGCGUGUACGAUACGUAGAUAUAAAUAUAUUAUGACACAUUAUCGAGAUCCUUGCCACUCUGUUUGCAUCACGACGAUGAUAUCAGGCUAUAUAUAAUUUACUCCAUACGCUUAACUCGCUCGUUCGUCCUGUGUACCUUUGCUUUUAUUACUCGAUGCUGUAAUAAGAGGGAAGAAAAGAAAAAAAGAAACGCGAAAAGCUAGAGCAAAGUAUAUUUCGUUGUAACUAAAAAAAGAAUCGUCGUAAGAAUUUCAAUGUCAGCGCGCAUCGCAAUCAAACUUGAUACAUGCUAGAACCGAACACAUGCUUUAAUUGCUUCAAACAAUUAGACGUAAAUGAUUAAGCAUACGGGCAUAUACUAUGUCUGUCGUGGGAAAUCGUCGCGAUGUAAAGAGCGAUACACUCUUUCACGCGUGGCGUUAAUAACCGAAUUGGCGUAUAAUUGAAAAUCAAAUUGUAGGAAUUUUUCCUUUCUCUGCGCGAAGGGAGAGAGAGGUCGUUCUGGUAUUUGAUAUUAUUAACAUUAUUAUUAUUAUUUUUUUUUUUUUUAUCAUUAUUGUUACUACUACUACUACCGCUGCUGCUGCUACUACUACUACUACUACUACUAUUACUACUACUACUACUACUACUACUACUACUACUACUACUACUACUACUACUACUACUACUACUACUACUACUACUACUACUACUACUACUACUACAACUACUACUAUCACUACUACUAUCACUGCUACUGCUACUGCUACUUCGCUUUGUACGGUAUUCAUUUGAGUGCGACCAAAUGAAAUGAAAGGCAGACAUGGCUAUUAAUUCUGUUAUCGUGUUAAUUUGAUACUUGUUGCACGCACAGAUGUACCUUUCAUUCUAUGGAAUUUCCUCGACCGUGGAUUUUCUUGCGUUCUUCCGCGAGAAGGAAAUCGUUGGAGUAAAAAAAAAGGAUAAGGAACAAAAUAUUCUCUGAAUCGCCGAUAUACUUAAUAUGCUAACCUUACUAGUAGUGGAGAAUAUAUUUUAUAUGAGAACGAUCAAUAGUAGAUUGCUUCAUACGUCUGUUAAUAAAUGAGAUUUGAAAAUACUUCCAGCCCGUGUUAAGCAUAUGUAGUUUAACUCUUUUUUUGUACGUCUUUCUUUUUCCAAAAGAUCUUCAAUCACAAAAGUCUGCGAUAAGACGACAUGCACUAGUCCAUUACAUAUAGAAUACUGUCCUAUAGAUGAAACAAACUCAGGAUUGACAGAAUUAAUACGCAAUAUGUACUGCAGCAAAAAGACGUAAAUAAACAAUAAACGUUGCUAUUUCGUUGCGAUAUUUUGUCCGACUAUGUUUUAUUAUCGAAUGUCGAUCUUAUAUCUUAUAUAGAGGAAUGUGUACAUUUACGAAACUCAUGUAACUCAAAACUCGUAUUUAAUUUUCUUUCGUUAAUUGACGAAUUCGCGUCAGAAUAAAGCCAAUUGUCGUAUACUUUCAAAA